UGGGUCGUCCAACUUGGCCCCACUUGUGUGUCGUCGCUCAGCUCAACGAGAUCUCCCUGCAGCAGCAGUAGCAGCUACCAUCGGAGGAAUUUGUCAGCAGUGUAUCUGGAAGUGUCACGCGGGACCUCACAGAUCCACCUCAGGUUAUUUGGCCUCGUUGGACAACGACGACGACGACUAGACCAGAGCCAGCAUCCAGUAAGCUGUUCGGAUAGGAUUGCCCUGCCCCGGUAGUCAUCCAAGGGAACCGUAAAGAUGUCCAUGCCCCGUCUAUCGGCCCACCAGGCCGCGAAGGAACACGUCCUAGCCGUGUCACGGGAUUUCAUCUCCCAGCCGCGCCUGACCUACAAAACCGUAUCCGGUGUAAACGGUCCGCUGGUUAUCUUGGACGAGGUGAAGUUCCCCAAGUUCGCUGAGAUCGUGCAGCUGCGCUUGAGCGAUGGUACCAUCCGUUCCGGGCAGGUGCUGGAAGUGAGCGGUUCCAAGGCCGUCGUUCAGGUGUUCGAGGGCACCUCCGGCAUCGAUGCCAAGAACACGGUGUGCGAGUUCACCGGGGACAUUCUGCGUACUCCCGUCUCCGAAGACAUGUUGGGCCGUGUGUUCAACGGUUCCGGCAAGCCCAUCGACAAGGGUCCCCCAAUUUUGGCUGAAGAUUUCUUGGAUAUUAUGGGUCAACCCAUCAACCCGUGGUCUCGUAUCUAUCCGGAGGAAAUGAUCCAGACCGGUAUUUCGGCUAUCGAUGUGAUGAACUCGAUUGCCCGUGGUCAGAAGAUUCCGAUUUUCUCUGCUGCCGGUUUGCCGCACAAUGAAAUCGCUGCCCAGAUUUGUCGACAGGCCGGUUUGGUCAAGCACACGGGUAAGUCUGUUCUGGAUGAGCACGAGGAGAACUUUGCCAUUGUGUUUGCCGCUAUGGGUGUCAACAUGGAAACGGCCCGUUUCUUCAAGCAGGAUUUCGAGGAGAACGGUUCCAUGGAGAAUGUGUGUUUGUUCUUGAACUUGGCCAACGAUCCGACCAUCGAACGUAUCAUUACUCCGCGUUUGGCCUUGACUGCUGCCGAAUUCUUGGCCUACCAGUGCGAGAAACACGUGUUGGUUAUCCUGACCGAUAUGUCCUCAUAUGCUGAAGCUUUGCGAGAAGUGUCGGCCGCCCGUGAAGAAGUACCCGGUCGUCGUGGUUUCCCAGGUUAUAUGUACACCGAUUUGGCCACCAUUUAUGAACGUGCUGGACGAGUUGAAGGCCGUAACGGAUCCAUCACUCAGAUUCCAAUUUUGACUAUGCCUAACGACGAUAUUACCCAUCCCAUUCCCGAUUUGACCGGUUAUAUUACUGAAGGUCAGAUCUACGUCGAUCGUCAGCUGCACAACAGACAGAUCUAUCCACCGGUCAACGUGUUGCCAUCGCUGUCUCGUCUGAUGAAGUCUGCUAUCGGCGAGGGUAUGACCCGCAAGGAUCACUCCGAUGUGUCCAAUCAGCUGUACGCUUGUUACGCCAUCGGUAAGGACGUACAGGCCAUGAAGGCUGUCGUCGGUGAGGAAGCUCUGACGCCCGAUGAUCUGCUGUAUCUGGAGUUCUUGUCCAAGUUCGAGAAGAACUUCAUCUCACAGGGUAACUACGAAAACCGUACUGUUUUCGAAUCGCUGGACAUUGGUUGGCAGCUGCUGCGUAUUUUCCCUAAGGAAAUGCUUAAGCGUAUCCCGGCUUCGAUCUUGGCCGAAUUCUACCCCCGAGACUCUCGUCAUUAAGCGUCGGAUUCUUGAGUUGUAUCCCUUUAACAUUUUCAUUGUUUAUUUCUGCCUGUUACCCUUUGUGCUCAUCUUGUUAAUUUUUCCCAUUCUCGUUAUUUCCGAAAAUUUUAUUUUGCCAUAUUUCAUACAACAACAAUGGGCUUGAACCGUACAAGUAUUGUUAUUUAAUGUGAAGAGAGAAAAAUUAAGUAAAAAAGUUUUCCGUUAAAAAUUUUGAAGCAACAAAUCUUCAGCCAACAUCCUUAAAACUUAUCAAUGUCGAUCGGUGUUCAUAUUGAGGGACUUCUAGCUGUGCGUGUGUGUCUUUCCCUCGUGAAGCAGGGCAAAUGUCAUUUUAUCAUCAACGGAAAUUGAUUAUCCAGAAGCUGUGGCAAUUAAGCAUUCCUUGUAACAAAAACUUAAAGCAACAAUCUGCCCCUUCCAUUCAAGUGAGAGAAAAAAACGUCCCAAAAUUGAAAGUAAACAACUUCUAGAAAGACUUCCGGCCCAGAAUUUUCCCUCGGUUUUCCAAUCCGCCUUAUUAAUCGCAUGCAAUCCACGGAAUAGCCUCACAAAGGAAAAUAGAAUCGACUUUCGUCCUGUCUGGUAUCGAAUAAAAAAGCUUACAAACAACAGGAAACACUUUAACAACGACAAACCAACAUCAAAUUUUAAAGAACAUCAGCUCAAAGCAAACAACAUCCAAGGACGAGCAAAACAACACACGAAAGAAGAGAAAAAUCCAUCGGUACCAUACAGAUUCUGCGGAAUUGAUUCCAGAGGAAAUUUUUCAGCAUCAAAUUACCUUGGUCCGUUUUUCCCCAAGCCUCACUACCAAAAGCCCGAGGUUUUGUAGGUCUCUCCUUUGGGUUUCAAACGGUUCCUCUCCGAAUUGGACCGAUCUUGGAAAAACUGAACGGAUCGUAGCAAAAGCUUUUCUUUAUAAUUAAACUUAAGAUUUGAUUUAAGGAAGGGUAAAAUAAUCAACAGUAAAACAUAUAUUUCUUGGUUCGAUUGAGCUUUGCAAUGAAAGCAGGUUAAUCCCAACCGUAGCCGAUUUAUUUAAGUGUAGAAUGAAGUAGCACUAAAGUGUUUUAGGAAAUCAAUGAAAAGCGCAAUCACAUUUUCUUACAUUUAUUUUGCUAGUUUUGUUUAUUUUCGAGCUGAAAUCAUCUAAACUUGUAUCGAUUGUUAAUAUGUUUUAGAAUAUUUAGUGUUAAAGUAUAAGCGUUUCCUUUUUACAUGUUCUAAUUGUUGUAAACUAGGAAACUCUCGGCGAAAGUAGAUUUUGCAAGUUGUGAUGUGUUCCCCCCAUUAACAUGACGAUUCUGUAGUUUUCAACUUAAAUUUUUUGUGUUUUUCACAAACUUCAUCAUGUGCGAAAGUUUAGUAAUCAACUUUAACAAAAUAUUCCCCUUUGAUUAUCACCACGUCCAGAAUUCAACAGUUGACAACAUCUUACUGUAGAGUUCUUAUAAAGUUGUUGACAACUUUUCAGAGACAGAGAAUUUUUAAGCUGAAACUACUGAAUGGAACAACCAAUGUGGUGAGCAAAUUCAUCAACAGUUUGUGAAUCGUCGCUAGCACCGAGUGAAUUCCGAUACAAUAACUAGACCUUAAGCUAAGAGUUAGGUGAAAUGAAAAUACACAAGCAAAUUAUAAUCGAAAGUUCCCAAAAACCCCAUUAACCUUCCUAACAGAAAAUCUAAAGAGUUGAAAGUUUACGCGACGCCACGAACUAGUUCUGAGCUAUCCAUCCUUGAACAAAACAAAAAAAAACAAUUUCGCUCUAAAUGAUUGCAUUCGAAGCAAGUCAAAAUUUCCCAGAUUAACUUUAGUGGUAACAAAAAAGUGUAUAGAUUUUAGACAGGAAAAAUUCUCCAUUGAAAGCUGCGGAUUGAAUUAAGAAUACGCGAUGGAUUAUUAUACCUAUAUUAUAUUAUAUUCACUGUAUACAUAGAAACCUAUACAGAAACAAACCUACACAUACACAUACACCCACACACCAUUGUGGCAACAGAACGCGGAACUAGUGGACACAGACAGACGAUCUGGAAAGGUGGCGAAAGAAAACAUGAAAACUUGUAAGAGAAAUCUUCAAAAAAAUGUAAUAAAAAGCGGACAAAAACUUA